GUCAGCAUACGCAUGCGUCCAACGGAGCGGCGAAUUCAUUCAGUGCUUCGCUCGGCUGUUAGCUAGCUUCCAAGUUUGCCGACACUGUUGGGAUUUUAGGACUUUUGCUGUACCCAACAUGUCGACAAGUGACUUUUAUUUGCGCUAUUAUGUCGGGCACAAAGGAAAAUUUGGUCACGAAUUCUUGGAAUUCGAAUUCCGACCAGACGGAAAGCUGCGGUAUGCAAACAACAGUAACUACAAAAACGAUGUAAUGAUCAGGAAAGAGGCAUACGUCCACAAGAGCGUCAUGGAGGAACUCAAAAGAAUAAUUGACGACAGUGAAAUCACCAAAGAGGACGAUGCGCUUUGGCCUCCUCCCGACAGAGUUGGCAGACAGGAGCUUGAGAUCGUUAUUGGCGAUGAGCACAUCUCAUUUACAACCUCCAAAAUUGGUUCUUUGAUCGACGUCAACCAGUCCAAGGACCCAGAGGGCCUCAGGGUGUUCUACUACCUGGUCCAGGAUCUGAAAUGUUUGGUUUUCAGUUUAAUCGGCCUUCACUUCAAGAUCAAGCCCAUUUAAGUUCACCAUCUAUUCCUGUUCUCCCCAUGGAUACAUUGUUUUUACUUUAAUUGAAUAUUCUAGGUUUCGUCUGCUCUGAACAUUUGUACAUUUCCUUCCUGUCAAUAAUGUUUUUUCUUUUUAAUAAAUGGCUCGUGGUGCAAGGAGUA